AUGGACGUUCUUGCUACUCUCGACUCCAGGCUCCAUUUCAAAACGGCCGAUCUCAACGGUAUUCAAUACAGAUAUAUCCAUGCAGAGCCUGAUUCGGGAAAGUCUGUUGGUACUGUUUUCCUCGUCCACGGAUGGCCUGAUUUGGCCUUGGGCUGGGCCAACCAUAUUCCCUUCCUCCUCUCCAAGGGUCUGAGCGUCGUCGCUUUGGACAAGAUUGGAUAUGGUGGGACUGAUUCACCCGAGGAUGUCAAGUUUUAUACCUGGAAGCGCGCUGCAGACGACAUCGCCACACUCGCAAGCCAACUUGGUCUCUCUCGAAUCAUCCUCGGUGGACACGACUUUGGUGGAGCAGUGGUUUAUCGGACCGCCAUCUGGCACCCAGACCUCGUAGCCGCCUUCUACGUGCUCAACACGCCUUUCGCAGCUCCCACGGCCUCUUUUGUGGACCUCGCAUACGAGUGGCCUGGAUUUAAAUACCAGCAGCAAUUCCGUACAGAUGCCGUUGCGGACUAUGUCGGGCCGGCUGAUGCCCAGAACACAACGCGCAUUCGACAAAUCCUGAACAACGUCUACGGUGUGAUUGCCCCCAAUGGCGAGCAACCCAGCAACGUCACAGACAUCGGAUUCUACUUUGAUCUGCUCGACCUUGUGACUACAGACACGCCGCUUCUCACCAAGGCGCAGAUUGACUUUUAUGUCGAAGAAUACACUAGAAAGCCAAUUAAUCACACGCUCAACGAGUACCGUAACAACAAGCUGAAUUGGGAAGAUGAGCGGGUGCUUAUCCCUGACAAUACCACUUACAGCGGCAAGUUCAAGCAACCUGCGCUGUACAUCGCUGCAACCCAAGAUCUCACGCUGCCUCCGUCUCUAUCCGAAGGAAUGGAAACGUACUUUGACAAUUUGAGCCGAGGUGAGAUUGACGGCGGGCAUUGGGCAAGGUGGCAGAAGCCUCUCGAGGUUGAAAACUAUGUUGGAAACUGGUUAGAAACCUCGGUGCUUGGCAAUGCUUCCUUGAACCUUACCGCAGGGCUCGGUCUUGGAGCGCCCUGCGUCAUGCACGGUGCGUCAGUUCGCAUAGCUGAAUUGACAAUGCCUCAUUCACCGUCGGUCGUCGAGGAAGCCUCUGUUGCCCGAACAGGUUGGGGGUCUAACAUUCCACUCGUUGACCUGGGUGCCCUGAAAGACAGCACCAACCCUGAAGCAGCACUGAAUGCCGGCAAGAGUCUUGUGGACGCUUUCAGAAUAUCGGGCUUUGCCUAUGUCAAGAACCAUGGAAUCCCCGAGGAAAUCAUCAAGUCCGCCUUCCAGUGGAGUGAGAAAUUCUUUUCCCUCCCGCAGGCUGAGAAGGACAAGGCGCCGCAUCCACCCGAGGGAUGGUGGCAUCGCGGGUACUCCGGCAUUGGCCGAGAAAAGGUGUCGCAGAUGGUAUUCGACGCCGAAGAAAUCAGCGAGUUGAGGAAAACCCCAGACUUCAAGGAAUCAUACGAGAUUGGGCGCGAGGACGAUGAUCACCUACCCAACAUCUGGCUCCCCGAGGAGUCGCUCCCUGGGUUUCGGUCAUUUUUCAACAACUUCUACGAGGUCUGCUAUCAGCUCGAACUCCACCUGCUCCGUGCUAUGGCUCUCGGCAUGGGCCUGGACGAAUAUUUCUUUCGGGACUACCAUGUGAUGAGAGACAACCAGAUCCGCCUCCUCCAUUACCCGCCGGUCGAGGAGAAGCUCUUGCGCGCCGGCAGGGUCGAGCGGCUGGGAGCGCACUCGGACUUUGGCUCCAUGACGCUCCUCUUCCAGGACGAGGUCGGCGGCCUCGAGGUAGAGGACCCCAACGAGGAGGGCCGAUUCUUGCCCGUGUCGUCCAUCCCUGGGACGAUCGUGGUCAACAUUGGCGACUUCAUGCAGCGGUGGAGCAACGACACUCUGCGGUCCACUGUGCAUCGUGUACGAGCGCCGCCGCUCGAGACGAACGAGAGCGGUGACCGCGUGACCCGGGCACGAUAUUCAAUUCCGUACUUUAUCGGCGCUGAUCAGGAGAAGACGGUAGACUGCGUGCCGGGUUGCUACGGCCCCGGUAAGCCGAAGAAGUACGAGCCGAUAAACAGCCGCGAGUACAUCGAGAUGCGACUGAAUGCGUCACAGCAGUCACCAUUAAGCACGCGGAGACCCAGGUUCUUGAUCAUUAAUGAGUGCUAUUCCUUGCAGGUUCUUGCAGGCGAGAUCCACUGGCAAAUGCCGCGAGUCCUCAGCUGGUUGGCCUACCCGCUGACGAUCCCCGGCCCCUCUUCCGGUCGUUUCUGCAUUUUACACCUUUGGUCAGCGGCCUUGGCGCAUCGCUUGACACAUGAGGAGAUGCUCUCCAAGACUCCAACGGGUUGGAGAAGAGAAGCGAAGAAGAAGACCAUAUCCAAUCCGCCCGCCCCCUCCCCGCCCGGGGAUAGGGAUGGUGUUGAUGCGGUGAAGGGAAAAUUGACUGAUCACCCAAAGAAUUGGAGGCGACAAGGCGUGCGCACGUCCACGACCAGGCGCUUUGCCCGGCCGCUGUGGGGUUUUCCGAGCUCAUUGAAGAAGGGGAACAGGGACCGGGGAUUUUGUCGUGACUCGUGGCGGGCAAGUUUCCACCCUCUCCCGCUGCCGCUUAAGCAAUUCGAUUUCUCAGUCUCAGAAUUACACACUCUCUCCCUUUCCUCCCGGGAUUCGAGCAACAGUUACCCGGAAUCUGGGUACAGCAACAGGAAACCCUGCGACGACACGACUAGUGGAGACGAGGACCAGACGGCCGCGGCCACGGCGCAGCAGCAGGAGACUGCGGCGAACGCAGCGGCUGGAAUUCUACCGGCUGAGCACUGGGUGCAAGCGGCACGAGACGCUGCUAACGACGACGAUGCCGACUCUGCGCUAGGCGACGACAACGCCAGCUCUACGGCGUCGAUCACCUCUACGAUCUUGCAGUACCGGAAAAUUCACGGGAGGACGUUCCACGGCGAGGUUGGCGACGCCCAGUAUUGGGGGAGCAACGAUGAGCAACAGAAUGAGGCUUGGGAUAUCAACCAUCACUUACUCACCUUGUCGAUGGGCGACAAGCUUCACUUGGCACCGCUAGACAAAAGCAAGCUAAACAAAGCGCUGGAUAUUGGGACAGGAACAGGUAUCUGGGCUAUUGAUUUUGCCGACGAGAACCCCGAAUGUGAAGUCAUUGGAACGGACAUCUCCCCAAUCCAACCUAGCUGGGUUCCUCCUAACCUGAAGUUUGAAAUUGACGACUGCACGCGCGAAUGGACCUUCGAACCAGAGUCCUUUGACUAUGUUCACAUCCGCUUCCUGGUCGGCAGCAUCGCGGACUGGCCCGCGCUGUUCAAGCAGGCGUACAGGGCCCUGAAGCCGGGCGGAUACCUGGAGAGUUUCGAGGUCUCGCCGGCCAUUAUGAGCGACGACGGGACCGUCCCGGAGACUAGCGCGCUGGGCCAGUGGGGUAAGUUCUUCGAGGAGGGCGGCCGGAAAAUGGGUCGGACGUUCCGGGUCCUCGACGAGAACUUGCAGAGGACGUCGAUGGAGGACGCUGGCUUUGAGAGCAUCACGGAGUGGAACAAUAAGGCCCCCAUCGGCAACUGGCCAAAGGACGAGGUGAAGAAGGAGAUUGGCGAGUGGGCUCAGCUGACGCUCCUGUCGGACAUUGAGGGCUACGUUCUUUUCAUGGCCAACGUCAUGUCGACUUGGUCCCGUGAGGAAAUCCACAUCUAUGCGGCGCAGCUGCGUCGCGAGAUCCGGUCUGGUAAGCUGCAUGGGUACUACCGCCAGAGAGCAGUCUGGGGACAGAAGCCUCUGAAGACCGAGGCCGUGAAUAAGCAUAUGCAGCCGAGUUCAUCGAAUUGGAUGCCUUCCCACCACAUUGGCGUGCGUCGGGUCGAGCCGACUCAAUCAGCUUAUACUAUGCUCAGUAAGGCAAGGGCAUCCGCAUCUGGAAGGUGGAACUCCGCCGGUCUCGAUAUUACGCUACUUAAGCCUGCUUACUCUGUCACCGAAUUUCGCAUCAUCUUCAACCAUCCGGGCAACUUGAACAAUCACCACAACUAUCUCACUCUGCUUUGCAACAUCGAAGCCGGCAAAAUGAAGUUCAACUUGCUCGCCCUUGCCGCUAUUGUAUCACUGGCCAUGGCCGCGCCGGUAGCCGACAACGCUGUCGUUGAGGGCGCUGGUGGCUCCCCAGGCGGAAAGCCCUGGAAGCGCGAUGACGCUGUCGUUGACGGCGCUGGUGGCUCCCCAGGUGGAAAGCCCUGGAAGCGCGAUGUCGCUGUCACUGAGGACUAUCCUGGUGGAAAGGGCUGGUAG